UUUCCCUCAAAAGAGGCCCUGACAAAAAAAAAAAAAAAAAAAAAAAACUAGAAAUUAUAUAAACCUUUAAAAAACACCCCCAAAACAAGAUGGAAGAAUUACAAGCCAAACACCGCAAAGAACAACGAGACCUGCAAGCGCGUAUCACUCAGAAAAAGAAAUCCGCUACGAAGAAGACUCGCAAGGGCGUCAACGAUGAAUGUGAGCGACUACAGCGCGAACUGGCAGAAAAGCAACAGGCGGAGAUUCGUCAGUUGAAUGGAGAGCCGCCUGAACCGCCUGUUGAUGGACUUGAUGAGCUCGCGUUGAGUGAUGAUAAUGAUCUGGAUAAAAAGGAGGAGGAGGAGCGUUCAGUAGCAGCGGCGUCGGAAGAGAAGACGGUUGAGGAGGGAAACAAUACUCCGCAGGCUACUGCUGCUACUGCUGCUGCUGCUGCUGCUAGGCCGGUGAAGAAGCCGAAUCGUCAAAAGGCGCGUCUUGCGCGACGGGCUGCAGAGCAGGCUGCGCAGGCUGCGGCCGCUGCUGAUGAAGCUGCGAAUCAGACGGAUCGUCGCGGAAACGAGAAGGAGGUGAUGGACGCGACUUUCAAGCGGCUUGGUCUGCGGGAGUUGGAGAUCAACCCGGAUGGACACUGUCUCUACUCUGCUAUUGCUAGCGAGCUGGAUGAAAUGGGGCUUGGUCUGAGACCGGAUCCGAAUAGGAUCCUUCUGCCGUCGACGACCCAGUCGCGGAUUGAUACGGUGGCGUCGCCUAAGCAUGAUGGGUACCGUGCCGUGCGAGCUGUGGCAGCGGAUUAUAUCCUCGAGCACAAGGAUGACUUUGAGCCGUUUAUGGAAGAGCCUUUGGACGAAUAUACGAGGAAGAUUCGGCUAACGGCUGAGUGGGGUGGGCAAUUGGAGCUACAGGCCAUCGCGAGAGCGUAUGGCGUAGAGAUCAACGUCGUACAGAGUGAUGGAAGGAUAGAGAAGAUCGAACCGGGAGAUACAGACGACUUGGAUGAAGAAGAGAGAGGCAAGCGCAAGAUCUGGUUGGCUUACUACAGACACACCUAUGGCCUAGGAGAACACUACAACGCUCUACUCAAGAAACCUUAAGGCUGCAGGGUUUGGUGGUAUUAUCACAGUCGCGUCUCAAUGGGUUUCGAAGAAGCCGAUUUAUUUCUUUCAUAGAGAAUCGCGACAACUCGAUUUCGAGUGCAGCCAAGGUAUCCAAUCGACGGUUUAUCUUAAUCAGUGCAUACGCCACACGGAAACGCGGUCUCGCACUACUCCAGAUUCGUCCUUACCCACGUCGUGUGUCCGCUCGGGCUGCCAGAAGGAUACUCGUUCCAUU